UCUGCUUCUCCGAAUGAGCAGCUUCUUUUUUGUCUCUCUGGAAACUUUUCUUCCCCCCAAAGUUCCCCUCCUACUUUGGGAGGGAGGAAGCGGAGGAGGGAUCUCUGCCGCGUGUCAGUCUUGGCUUGCCCUCUCCGUGCGGACGCCGAGAGAGAGAGAGGCAGGGAUGGGUCUGCCGGUGCUGCUCUUCCUCUGCUCCUGCUUCUCCUCCUUCUUCCUCCCGAUCCGGGCGCAGUACGAGCGCUACAGCUUCCGCAGCUUCCCCCGGGACGAGCUGAUGCCCCUGGAGUCCGCCUACCGCUACGGCCUGGACCAGUACACCGGCGAGCACUGGGCCGAGAGCGUCAGCUACUUGGAGGUCAGCCUCAGGCUCCACCGCCUCCUGCGCGACAGCGAGGCCUUCUGCCACCUCAACUGCAGCUCCGCCCGCAUGGACCUGGGAGAAGAAAGAGAAGGAGAGGGAGAGGAGGGAAUGGGCGGCGGCGGGGAUCGAACCCGCGAUGGCGUCCUCUCCCCGCGCCGCUUCCAGGGCUUCCCCGAGCUGCGCUACUACGGCGACCUGCUCCGGCGCGCGCAGUGCCUCAAGCGCUGCAAGCAGGGCCUGCCCGCCUUCCGCCAGUCGCAGCCCAGCCGGGAGGUGCUGCAGGAGUUCCACAACCGCGAGCCCUACAAGUUCCUCCAGUUCGCCUACUUCAAGGCGAAUAACCUUCCUAAAGCCAUUGCAGCAGCCCACACGUAUCUUCUGAAGCAUCCCGAUGACGAGAUGAUGAAAAGGAAUAUGGCAUACUACAAAACCAUGCCUGAUGCUGAAGACUAUAUUAAGGAUUUAGAAGCAAAAUCGUAUGAGACACUCUUUGUCAGGGCAGUAAGAGCGUACAAUGGAGAGAAUUGGAAGACUUCCAUCACAGAUAUGGAACUGGCGCUCCCAGAUUUCUACAAAGCCUAUUACGAUUGCAUAGCUGCCUGUGAAGGCCCCCGAGAGAUCAAGGACUUUAAAGAGUUUUACCUCUCCAUAGCAGAUCAUUACACUGAAGUUCUUGAGUGCAAACUGAAGUGUGAAAUCGACCUGACACCCAUCAUAGGAGGCUAUGUUGUGGAGAAAUUUGUGGCCACAAUGUACCACUACUUGCAGUUUGCCUAUUAUAAGUUGAAUGAUUUGAAGAAUGCAGCACCAUGCGUUGCCAGCUAUAUGCUCUUCGACCAGAAAGAUGAAGUGAUGAAACAAAAUCUAGUCUAUUAUCAAUAUCACAAAGACAAGUGGGGACUCACAGAUGAAGACUUCCAGCCACGGCCUGAAGCAGUUCGGUACUACAACGUAACAACACUCCAGAAAGAAAUGUAUGAAUUUUCCAAAGAGCAUGUGAUGGAUGAUGACGAAGGCGAAGUAAUAGAAUACCUUGAUGACCUCCUGGCAGUGGAUGGUGGAACACAGUGACUGAACAAUUGAAAAAUAUAAGUUUUUAAAACGAAUUACCCAACAUUGUUCCUUUUUAUCUCAGGCCCCUUUUACACUGCCAAAUAAUCUAGGUUAUCAAAGCAGAUAAAGCUUUGAACUGGAUUAUAUACACUGCCAUAUAAUCCAGUUCAAAGCAGAUAAUCUGGAUUUUAUAUGGCAGUGUAGAAGGGGCCUCAUGUGUCACUUUUAGCUCAGGUGUUAGAAAUACCUCAGAUCUUUCUUCCGCUUGCUCAGAAGACACCUGAACUAACCUGUGAGUUAUCCCCACAACUUAAACCUGCUUUUUUUUUUGUAAUGAAACCAUUUUGUAAUGAAACAUCUUACCCAGCUUCAUAUAGGCAGCAGCCAAAUGUGUCAGAUUCUAGUUCGGUGGUUCUCAACCUGUGUGUCCCCAGGUGUUUGGCCUUCAACUCCCAGAAAUCCCAGCCAGUUUACCAGCUGUUAGGAUUUCUGGGAGUUGAAGGCCAAAACAUCUGGGGAACCCAGGUUGAGAACCAUUGCUCUAGGUUUUUGGAUUGUUAGGAAAUGAGGCAGGGCCUCCUUCUCUCUCUCUUUCAAAGGAGACCUUCUAGGCCAGUGGUUCUCAACCUGUGGGUCCCCAGGUGUUUGGCCUUCAACUCCCAGAAAUCCCAGCCAGUUUACCAGCUGUUAGGAUUUAUGGGAGCUGAAGGCCAAAACAUCUGGGGGCCCACAAGUUGAGAACCACUGGUGUAGGUAAAACACAAACAUGUGAAUAGAACAGAAUAAAUAGAUUUUUGCAAGACACUCUGAAAACGUUCUUUGACAAAUAAGUGGACAAAAAAAAUCCUACAAAAAAACGAACAAAGUAAAUGAAAAUGAUAACUAUUCUUAUACAAUUUUGGAAGGCUGCUCUAUUAUUUAUAAGCAAUAUAUUUUUAUUAAAAAAUACUUGGAUUAAAAAUAAACAUUUCAGCUGCUAGCAUUUAAUAUUGAGGUUACAAUCCCUAUGUUUUCUUGGCUCAGAGUAAGUGUCAUUGAACUUGUUGGGACAUAUUUCUGGGCAGACGCAUACAGAAUUGCACUGCAAACUUUGGAAAGAAAUUCCCUAGAUAAAACAUAGACAUUUGUGAUUCUAAUAUAUCUGAUACCAACAGAUCAAGAUUUUUUUUAGUACUUUGCCGAGGCCUUGAUUGCAUGUCCACAAUAAGAUUAGGGGAGCGAGUGAUACAUUGGGAUAUGUUGAGAGAAAACUGGCAAGUUGCUUGUUUUCUGCAUUCACUAUUGAAAGAAAAUGCAAUGGAGUUGAAUUUUAGAAAACUGGCUAACUCAAAAACAAUUUGUCUGUUUGCCAGGAAUGGCUCUUGGAGAAGCUAAUUUGUGGUUUCUUGUUUCACAAAACGUCCAGAAUCCAGACACAUGAAUCUUGCCUCUGACAAGUACUAUGAGUAAUGCUGUAAUCAAUUUAUUCAUCUACCAACCAAUGGAUCUGUAAUAAUCCGUAUCCCUCCAACUUUCGCUAGUUUAGAACAGUAGCAAUAAGAAAUACAUACCUAAGACUCUCAGCCAUGGGAAUUGGUAAAUGCCAGGUAAAUUCAGUUUCUGGUUGCUUGAGAGCUACUAUUCAAAAUAGGCCUUAUUUGUUUAUUGUGUCAGAAGCAAAUUGAGAAUACAGUUAAUAUAUAUUUAAAAACCACAAACAAAGUUUAAAAACUUGACAUUGUACUAAAUGACCAGAAGUUGACCACUCGGAGUGCCCCUGAUGUCUCUGUAAGAAGAUCCUCCAUUGUGCAUGUGGCAGGGCUCAGACUGCAUUGUAGUAGAUGAUCUGUGAUUUGCUCUUCUCCACAAUCGCAUGUCGUGGACUCCAGUUUGUAGCCACAUUUCUUAAGAUUAGCUUUGCAUCUCAUGGUGCCAUAGCGCAGUCCGUUCAGCGCCCUCCAAGUCACCCAGUCUUCUGUGUGCCCAGGGGGAAUUUCUCAUGUGGUAUCAGCCACUGAUUGAGGUUCCAGGUUUUAGCCUGCCACUUUUGGACUCUCGCUUGCCGAGGUGUUCUUGUGAGUUUCUCUGUAGGUCUUAGAAAGCUGUUUUUUGAUUUAAGGUGUUGGCUUGCUGACUGAUAUCCGAACAGAGAUAGGCCAGAUGUGUCAAUGCCUUGGUCCUAUCAUUACUGGCUGCUACUUCCCAACGGAUGUCAGGUGGUAACAGUAUAAUUUCUCCAUUGGUUUAGGGCAUAGACAUCCUGUGAUAAUACGGCAUGUCUCAUUAAGAACCACACCCACUGUUUUAGCUUCAUGAGAUGUGUGUCACAUGCUUAUUCAGCAGAGUAGCAAAGCAGAAGAUGUCUUCACUGUGUCUGGUUGUGAUCCCCAGGUUGUGCCAGUCAGACCGUAUGAUAUUGUUUCUAGCACUCACGUUUUUGCUUGGUAUUCAAGCAGUGCUUCCUGUAAGUCAGAGCAACUCCUAGGUAUUUUGGUGAGUUUGAAUGCUCCAGUGGAGUUCCUUCCCAGCUAAUCCUCAGAGCUUGACAUGCUUGUCUGCAUUUUAGAUGGAUUAGGAAUCAAGUGGUUUUCCCUGUAAUAGGCGGUAAAGGUAAAGGUUUUCCCCUGACAUUAAGUCCAGUCGUGUCCAACUCUGGGGGUUGGUGCUUAUCUCCAUUUCUAAGCCAAAGAAUCAGCGCUGUCCAUAGACACCUCCAAGGUCAUGUGGCCAGCAUGACUUCAUGGAGUGCUGUUACCUUCCUGCUGGAGCAGUACCUAUUCAUCUCCUCACAUUUGCAUGUUUUCGAACUGCUAAGUUGGCAGAAGCUGGAGCUAACAGCUGGAGCUCAUGCUGCUCUCCGGAUUCAAACCUGCGACCUUUUGGUCGGCAAAGUUCAGCAGCUCUGCAUUUUAAUCCACUGUGCCACCGGGAGCUCCAUAAUAGCCAGUAAGAGCACCUAAAGCUUCUGAGAGCUUCUGUUCAGCCAUUUCAAAGCUCCCUGCUUGAGCUGUGAUGGCAUGAUCAUCAGCAUAGAUGAAACUCUUUGUCCCUUCUGGCAGUGGCUGAUCAUUUGUGUAAGUGUAAAUGCAGUAUGCAACCAAACAAACAAAAUAGGCCCAAUACUAUAUCAUACCAUGAACUCUGUAUUGGUUUGAUAUUAGUAUUGAAAUACAGUAGAAACAAAUAAAGACAGUCUUAACGUAAUGUCACUCAGUAUUACAAAAACAGGUUUGUAAAUGCAGUAUUAUUUCUCUGAUUUUUUUGCCAGUUACUUGAGAGUUCUUUUUUACUUCAGUUACAGUUAACUGAGAAUCUACUGUUCAUAUAUGGGUCCUGUUAGCAGUCUGCUUCGGUUGAGGAUAUGUUAAACUAGCUUGUAAUUCAUUGAUCAGACGUACAGCAAUUCUAUAUUUGUUUCCUUAAACAACAGCUAUUUGGGCAUGGUGGUUUCGUAUGGCCUGAACAACUUUCAGGUGCAGGAGAGGAAUAUGUAAUGCUUCAGAUAUUUUGGGAUUGCACUUGCAUAUUCCAUCAACAUGAUCAAUAUUGUCUUAGGUCGAUAGGAGUUGCAUUCCAACAUCUGGACAGCCACAAUUGGCCAUUCCUGUCCCAUUCAGGUCACAGAAUAUUUGGGCUGAAUCCAACAGCUGCAAAUAAUCCACCCUUACCUUCAACCUGGUCUUAUUUGAAGUGGAAGUGUGUCUUUUACAUGUCUGUAGGUUUUAUUUUAUUUUUUUAAGAUCUGCAGUCAGCCUCACUAACUUCAGUGAUACUUAUUUCCAGAUAAGCCUAUGUAGGAUUGCAACACCAGCCCUGUAAGCAUAUCUUCAGUUGCCUGACUGAUUCCUGUUAUUCAAGUAUUUUCAUUUAUUUCAGUAUUAAUUUUUAUUACUCAUGUAAUAAAAAUGAGUUAGUAGACCAGAGUCUAUACUCAGGUAUGCCAGAGCAGCUUCCUUGCAGGAUAGCAGAUUUUGAUGUUUUAGCAUGGAAUACAUGGUUGUGAUUGUUACGGUACAAACAGUUAUUUAUUGUAAUUCUGUGUGUGAGUUUUCCUAUUAGUUACACAGGCAAUUGUUGACAAGACCAACUUCUGUUUCACUGCCAACAUUUGUACUGACUCUUAUUUCUGCACCCUCAACCACAGCUUGAUACGCAGUCAUUACCAGGUGAUAAUGUUUAUAUAAGAAUUUUUGGAAAGCUUUUCUUGCUGUCUUGUGAAAAUUUGGCUAUUGUAGCAAAGAAGUGGGCCACUCGUCUUUUUUUGACCCUGUUGUUUAAUCUGUAAUCUCUAGAUCAGUGGUGGCAAACCUAUGGCAUGCACCACCCUCUCUCAUGGUAUGCGUGCCAUCACUCAUAUCCCUGCCCCCACUUGUUUGCCCCCCUUCCCACUUGCUCACUUGUCUACACUGCUCACCUCCCCCCCCCCAAAGUACCCAACCCCCCUCCCCCUGGGUUUGAGCACUCGGUCUCUAAAAGGUUCGCCAUCACUGCUCUAGACUAUGAGUUCUGUGAAGCAGGAAUGUUGCUGUAUUUUUUGUCAUUGUUUAUGGCAAGAUUGGUGCUAUAUUUUUGUGCCUGACAUUUCAAGCGCCAAUGUCUGUAACAAUAAAGUGCCUUAAAGAA